AUGUCACAGCAACAUCUCGAGACACCUUCAUUCGACAAUAACUUAGAUAGAGGAAGAGAUUUCGCAAAAGAAACACAACUACAACAACAAAAACAAGAACAAGCAGAAGAAGAAGAAGAAGACUUUCCGUUCCCUGUAUCUAUAUCAACUACCGACUUCAAAAACUUCAACAACGACCCCGGUGCAAUUGAUCAAUUUCUCUAUAAAUCGCAUCGGUUCACGUCCCUCGAUGUUCUAAUCAAAGAGCUAAAACAACUUUCAUCCACAUUGAAUCAGAACCUACUAGAUAUAGUCAACCACGACUAUACCGACUAUAUCAAACUAGGUAAAUCGAUAAAUGGAGGCGAUGAUUUGAUCAAUUCAGUAUCGGAAGAUUUAAAACAAUUCAAAUUGCAAUUGCGCCAAUAUAGUGACAAGUUUGCCAGUAUGGAUCAGUCGAUUGGUGCAGCUCUUGAAUUGCGCAAACAAUUGAUUGAGUUGAAGAGUAUAGCUAAAUUGCAACUCUUGUUGCAUGAUCAAAUUGAGGAUUUCGAACACUUGAUCAAGUUGAAGGAUCCAAUAAGUUUGCAAAACUUGCAAAAGAUCACUGCUUGCUAUCUUUCAAUCAUUAAUAUCGAUAAACAUUUGUCGAAGUUGGUUGUUAAUGGGGAUGUCAACAAUGGGGGUGGCGACAACAAUGGCAGUGGUGGUGUUUUAAAUGGUAUCAGCGAAAAUGCCAGUGGUGAUGAAAAUGGUAAUACCAAUGUCAAUGCAAUUGAGAAACAAAACUUGUUUCAACAACAGUACUUGGAUGGGAAGGUAGCAUCAGUAGUCAUGGAGUUCAAGAGUUUUGUCCAUCCGUUGAUGACUGAUAUCAAGAGAAAGAGAAUCACUGAACCUGAUUUAGUGAUGCAAGUGUUGAAUAUCCAGAAAUUGAUUGCAAAUGAAUAA